AUGAUGUGCUGGAAGCGCGUCGCUUUGCAGGGAUUACGAGCCGUUUGGCCAUCCCCCAGUCCUUUAUCUCGUGGUGUAAUGGGUCUACGAUCCAAGGCGGGUACUAUACCACCUUCAGUGGCUGUAAAUACGACCAAGAACGCUGCUGGGCCAUCGACAACGAUUGCGUCAGGAGUCGGAUCGGCAUCUACGGCUUUUAAAAGCAAACGCUGUCGUUUCGUGAAGUCCCGGUCGAGAAUUUCUAUGCUUCUUGGCAAGUAUCAGGUCGAUCGGUUACUCAAGUUUAAGCAGAGCAAUGCUAUGAAGGCGACCAAGAAGGCGGCAGAGAUGGAAGCCAAGAAAGCCAUUGUAGCUGCAGAAGCGGAGGCGAAUCUUCAAUUACGGAACUCCCUGGCGCUUCGAUUCAGCAAUGAAAACUCGUACUUGAACUGGGCGAGAAACGGUGUCCUGUCGUCUGCCGUCGGAGUCGCAAUGUAUGCGCAGGAGCACCACCGCGGAGCACAACUAAGUGGUGCAGGGUUGCUGCUGUUGGGCUUCGGAUACAUUGGCGUAGGCACGGCAAAGUAUAUUUAUUACAUUUUCCGCUUCCGCCACGUCAUGGAACUGUCCUGGGCAAGCGUCUUCGGAACGAUUUCCCAUGCUGCGUGGGGGUUAGCCAUCUGGUUGACCGCUAUUGCUUCCUUCCUGGAAAGUGUGCCUCUUGAGCUAGAUGCAAUGCUGCUGACAGAGCCUCUUGCAAGUUACCUCCCGUUCCGGAUUCGUCAGGGUCUGAUCGAGACGUACAGCCUCCACCUGGACGACCUCGAGCACCACAAUGACGAGCAAGAGCGUGUGAUGCGUGCAAUUCGCGGUGAUCACGGAGCUCCGGAGUUGGCCGACAUCCAAGAGGGCGAAGAAUUACCUCCUCAGUUGGAAGCUCAGCUGAUCGAGCAGAAUUUACACACAUCCCCGGGCCUGACGGUAGUAGGCUCUGUGCCUCCCUCACCUUAA